AUGACUAUGUUCAACAAAGGAGUGAAACUGGAAUACGACAAGAUUCAAGAUAUUUUCCUCGCCAUUGAUUCCUCCAACAACAGAUUUGAAGGAAAAAUCCCAGAAAUCAUUGGAAACCUUAAAGGGCUUAAUCUCCUCAACCUUUCAAACAACCUUCUCAAGGGUCACAUACCACCAUCUUUAGCAUGUUUGAGCUCAUUAGAGGGAUUAGAUCUUUCAAAGAACAAGCUUUCAGGAAAGAUACCUCCAGAGCUCGCUCAACUCACUUUCCUUGCUUUCUUUAAUGUCUCCUACAACGAGCUUGAAGGGCCAAUACCCCAAGGGAAACAAUUUGAUACAUUUCAGAGCAAUCAAUAUGAGGGGAACUUGGGAUUAUGUGGCGCUCCUUUGACAAAGAAAUGUGAAGAUUUUGGGGACUCACCACCAUUUUUUCCAACUUCGGAUGAUGAAAGCAUAGCUCUGGAGUGCAAACCCUCAGAUUUACGCAGAUGCAUUUAUUAUCAGACUAAAUCUGUGAGUGCAAACUCUCAACUAUUAUGA